AUGAACCAACCCGCCGCCCAAUUCAAUAAUAGGCAGUCCACACACCUCAAUUACUCAGGCAACGGAAUGAACCUCGGUCACCAUCCCACCCCAAUAACCCCCAUCCAACGUCGUCAUGCCAAUGCCACCAUGACACCCGGUCGCGGCGGUGCCUUGCGUCACAGCCCAACACAACACCGAUACGAUCCACAGGGCAAUUACCACCGCAACCCCAGCGGUGGUCAGCACGAUAGCCUCGGGGCCCAACAACCGCGAGAAGACAAAAAUGAAGGCCCCAACCUCGGAGACUACAACGACCCCAACGAUUUCUCCGAGGCGAUGCAACAAGGGAUGACCGACCAGUACGCCACCGGCAGUCAACAUGGCGCAGGCCGGCCGACUAAAUUAUUUCAUUGCGGUGCAACCCAAGGAGGCACCGGAAUCAAGACCCCACCCCUCCCCCCUCCCCUCGACCUAUUGGACAUCCCCCCCGCCGCCGGAACCGGCGCCACAGCCCAUGAGGACUUAGUCGGACAAGAUCCCCCCCCAGGCAACCAAGCCGCCGACGCCGGGGCCAACCCACCGUUGGGCCAGGGUGCACCCAUCACUACCGAGGCCAUCCGCCGAUACAUGGAGAGCCCCGAUGGCAUUGCAAGCAUGGUCAGCAUGCUAAUGCAGCGCGGAGGGGCAAUGCCCAGUGCAGAACCAAUGCCCGGUCGCCAUGUGUACGGACCUCUCAUCCGGGAAUAUGCGCGCACCGAAAUACGCAACCUGCUGAAGGACCAUACAUUGGCCGCCUACACCAGGACGCACGCAUUGAAUGGCGAUAUGUAUAUCCAUGCCCCGCUGGCAUUGAUCCGAACCCAAGUUCUGGCCCAACCCCCUGUGUGGCGGCAAACCCACCUCCCCGUUGGACUAGCCGACAAAAACCCAGAAGCCGUGCAGAACCUUGAUCAGUUCCUCCGCACCAUGGUCAAACACGAGCGGACCACACUUCGCAACUUGCUGCUCAUCCAAGUCCAACCCGAACCUCGAGUUCGCCCGCCUGGCCCAAUCCCGAAGCUCUUUGACCUCGUCGUGCUAAUCAAUAACGGACUUACGCGAAGGCACCAUGCACUCCCUCGAGACGAACUCAACAGGUGGGCCACCCGGGCCGUCAGGUUCCGGUUUGCCAUGUUGCGACUUUUAGCGGUCAAUCACUACCUUAACCGACCCCCCGGGCAAACACUCUCCCAGUGGGAAAUCAUUGAUAGGCACCUGGAGAUGCUCUCGGGUCUCAGUCCGGUGAUGAUUCAAGCGCACAUUGAACUCGUUAUGCGCAAAGACGCCCAGUACUUUGAUGGGAUCAAGCACAUAGGAGACAUCAAUCGCGAGUGUAUCACCCUUCCAACAGACGACGAGGUCGCCAAGGAGGUGGCCCGAUUGAACCGCACUCCAGCGGGGCGACCAUCUCACCUCGAUGCAACCGCAUCCACUACAAACCCUUAG